AUGGCGACUCUCUACGACGAUGUCAGCGGGUCGCGCUACCUGUCGACAUCCAUCUCAUCGCUGUCGGCAUCACGGCAACAAGCCUCCCAAAUCGCCAAAGCCUACCGCCAGGCCGCCCAGCUCUUCCUGACGCGCCGCCUGCCAGAGGCACUCUCCACAAUCGAGCCCAUUAUCACUCCGCCACCCGUAGACGACACCAAUGGCCCCAAUGGAGACCUUAUAGGACAUGCGCCCGUAGCAACCGCGUCUCGCGGCACCCGGAUCAAGGUCUGGAGCUUCUACCUCACCUUCUUGAAUGCCGUCAUCGAACUGGGUGCCGAGGAGGGUAAGCAUGCCUUUGGCAGCACCCGCUGGAAGCAGCUAGUGUCUAAAUGCCGUGACGGUAGCAUCUGGGACGAUGUUGUGCGCGAUGGCUAUGCUGGAGUCGAGGGUGACGUGGAUGCCGAUGUUGUUGUGAACCUAGCCACGCUGCUACUCACGCAUGCUCCCUCCCAGCGACUCAACCAGCAGAAGCUUGAGACAUACCUCUCAGCAUCUGCCACGCCCACACUCGAUAUCGCCUCCCAUAUGGCCUCGCCGUCAUACCAAGAGAAGCGCCCCGGUCACCACAGGCAGCACACCGGCACAGACACCCCGCGCGACCUCGAAAAGCGCAUCAAACUGCUCGAACUAUACACGCUACACGUCCUGCCCCGUAACGACGAGUGGGACUAUGCCCGCGAGUUCAUCAGCAUGUCAGAGGUCCUGGAUGACGAGCGCAAGGAGGCUUUCCUGCUUGCUUUGCAUUCGCUCAAGGAUGAAAAGGAGGAUACCGAGGCAAGAGAGGAGAAGCUGCGCCAGCAACAGCAAGAACAGAUGGAGCAACGCCGUAGAGAAACCGAGGCAAGGCGUCUCGAACAGUCUCGCGCAGAGGACGAGCGCCGGAAACGCGAGGAAGAAAACCGCCGCCAACCCCGAGGCUCAGACGAACGUUUCCGCAAACAACAACCCACCCCUCAACCCGUCUCCUCGCAAUCUUCUCGAACCUCACGCACUCCGCCCAAGAAAUCUAUGAGUCCUCCGCCGGGCUUCUACAACCGCGCUUCCACCGUGCUCGCUAAUAUCCAAAACUUGAUAUCUAAUACUGCACAUUCCAUGACUGCAAAUCCAAUGGCUUUUUUCCGCACCCUCCUCUUCUUGCUCGCAUUUGGCCUUGCAUUCGGCAGACGGGACCUCCGAGAAAGGAUAAUGAGGAUCAUACGUAAUGCAUGGGACAAGGUUCGGCGCACAGUCGGCAUGGGUGUGAAGGUUUCCUAUAUUUAA